AUGGCCGAGGCGGUCGACAGAUGCUUGACAGCUGCUCAAAACAGCGAGCGCGACGAAGAAGGCUGCCGUAACAGCGGCAGCCCUUACCGCGAAUGUCUUGUAACACCGACAAGAACAGCCGCGGCAAAGGCGCGCCAGCAUCCGGUGACGGUGGCCGCUCCGCAGGCACGUCCGACCUUCACCACGUCUCUAGCAUCCUCGCCUCGCUCGGCGAAGAUGGAAAGCUCAAGCCGCGGCAUCGACAAGCUUCCACAGCAACGCCAGCAACCGGUUUCUCCAGGGAGCCCUUCCUCGCACGCUCUCUCGUCUACCGCCGUGCCUGUGCAGCACCUUUACCGCGUGCCUUCAGCCUUCUACGCGCACAACAGCGUCACGUCGUCGGCGGUGCUGUCGGCCGCACGCAGCCACCGUGGGCGUGGCGACACAUUCACAGGCCUGGCCUCCCCUCGUAUCUUCGCCGAGGACAGCACGCACAAGCAGGUGCGGCUGCCACCGGAAGUGAGUUGCUCCCCAAGCGGCAUGGAUACGCUGGAGGAACGUGCUCGUCGCGCAGCGGAGCUGCAUGCAAGUUGUGGUAUCCGUGAGGAGGCCGAGACCGUGCUGCCCUGGUCAACGGGGAAUCGCUCGGGUAAGGCAGGAUGGUCCCUAGUGCCGGUGUCAUCAUCGCUGCUGACGGUACAGGUGGCCCGCGGGCACCGCAUCUCUCGCCAUCCAUCCGGACUGGGCGCGGAGGAAAGGUCGCCAUUAGAUGUCGCGAGCGUCCGAUUAGUUCCCGGGUCAAAGCGAUGGCGCCGGCCCGAGCGCAUGGGGAGCUCGGCGGAUGUGCGGUUGGACCAGCGCCUCAGCUGCACAAGCAGCCAUGACGGUGGCGGUGGCGCGGCCGUGCCGAUGCGGUGUCUAACAUCGCCGUCCGCGUCAUCUUCGUCAUCGGUGGCGUUGGCGUCUCCACAGUCGCCGGCGACGGCUCUCGUUUCCGCGACGGCGCCAGCACGUGGUAUCAGCGCUACCCGGCUACCGGCUCCAUCGCCGCCGUUCAACGCGCUCCUCGCUGCCUUUGGCCCUGCACAGUCUGGGAUAGCUGCGUUGACAGCCGGUGUCAUCGAUCCGCCUCUGACAACUCCCACUGUGCCUCCCACACGACCGCCUGCGUGGUUGCGGCCGUGGCUGUCCCACGCCCUCUCGCGCACUAUGGCUGCUCAUCUCGAGCGCGAUGCAGACACCGUCACCGCGGCUGCUAGCUCUGCGGCUACCUCUACCCAGGGCCUAGAUUCAUUUCCUCCUGUAGCGCAAGCGACUACCGCUACGGCGUCGGCGGCCUCCGGGUCAGCGCAGCCGCGCACGCUACGGUCCGCGCUGCUGCUUAUCUUCGAUGGACUAGAACGAUUUGAGGCGGACCUGGCCGAGGUAUUGUUGGGCGGACCGAAGACGCACGGCUCGUCCAAUUUUUUUCAGGGCGUAGAUGUUCGUGACUGUCGCGCCUCCUUUGCAUUUUCCCCGUCUCCGCCUGCAGGAGCGGCUGCCUCCGGCGUAUUCGAUGGACUUGUCGAGCAGCUGCGCCGUCUCACGCGACAGUGGUGCGAAGUGCUCUCCCAGUGGCCAUGCGAAGCAGCAACGCUCGGUUAUGUGGAGUGGUGGAUGGUUCACCCGGCUUGGACCGAUCUUGUGACGUGUGACGCCGCCAUUCCCGCUACCUUGAGCGCGUCUUCGGCGACGCCAGCGACGACGGAUCGAAAGACGACGGCUGGGCGGCGGACUGAGACCAGCCAUGAUGGUGAACGACAGCCGCCUCAACCGCAGCCCCAAGAGUCUGCCGUUGUUCUGCAAGGCAUCCUCGCGGCUGCUGUGACAGAAGGCAUGCGCACGUUGCUGGAUGCGUUGGUGGACGCGUUUGUGCGCGCCGUCAGUGAGCUGCUCCACAGCACUGCUGUCCUUGGUCCGCCACGAAGCGCGUCACAAACUACCUCUUGCCCCGAUUUACAGGCGGAAGUCGCUGCCGCUGGAUUCGCUAAGGCACAGCACACCUGCCUGGCGCUCCUCCACCUUCUUACGUCUCUCUACGUGAGCCCACCCCGAGUUCUCCAGCAGCUUCGGACGCUGGUGCAAGCUGACGUCUGUUGCGGCACCGCGGUGACGGGCGCGGCUGCGAACAGUGAUGGGAAAACGACGACACGGCAUGAAGAUGAAGGCUCGCCAGCGUCGCCGAGUAGUCUCUCCACUGCCACUGCUGCGGUUGUUGCCGGUGAGGAUCGCCAACACCAGCCGCACCCGCACCCGCAUCCGUCACCUUCGUCUUUGUCAACGCCGCGUGGUGGGCCUCCUGGCUCGCCGUCCGUGUCACGAGUGGGCGUCAGUGCACUGGACACUUCGCAGUUGCGGUCACGGGCGUGCCAGCUACACUACCAGCUCCUCUACGCUGUAUGCCGUCUCUGCAACGAAUUGCCCAUGCUCUGGCAGCCACAGGACGACACUCGAGAUGCUGAGGGGGACGAGGAGAGCAACGGUGUGCGCGCCAGCAGCGCCGCCUACAUGCACCUUUCGCCCCGUCGUCGACACCACGGUGAAUGCGAGAGGGUAAAGCUCACCUUGUUUUCGACGGCGGCGCGGUUGGCGGCCACUGUAUCAGCUCUGCUCCUCCACGUGCAGCUGCCGAUGAAGGGAGACUUGCUGUGUGUCGCGAGUCGCCUGGCACAGUGGCGUGCGACGCUGCUCCGGUCAUCGUGCAUGAGCGAGCGCGAGUAUGCGGCGGCGAUGGGUCACCUCUGCGCGCUCAUGGCACAGGCCACGUGA